UGGGGGGGGAGUCAGUUGAGGCGGCGGGAGCUCGGCGGAGAGUGGGCCAGGGAACUGGUCCAGGCCAUGCCGAGAAAGAAGCCCUUCAGCGUGAAGCAAAAGAAGAAGCAGUUGCAGGACAAGCGGGAGCGGAAGCGAGGGCUCCAAGAUGGGCUGCGAUCCAGUUCCAACAGCCGCAGCGGGAGCCGGGAGCGGCGGGAGGAGCAGACCGACACCUCGGACGGGGAGUCUGUGACCCAUCAUAUCCGCAGGCUCAAUCAGCAGCCUUCCCAGGGGCUGGGUCCUCGAGGCUAUGACCCAAAUCGAUACCGGCUGCAUUUUGAGCGAGACAGCCGGGAGGAGGUGGAAAGGAGAAAGAGGGCAGCCCGGGAGCAAGUGCUGCAACCUGUCAGUGCUGAGCUGCUGGAGCUGGACAUCCGGGAGGUCUAUCAGCCUGGCUCAGUUCUGGACUUUCCCCGACGUCCUCCUUGGAGCUAUGAGAUGUCCAAAGAGCAGCUAAUGAGCCAGGAGGAACGGAGCUUCCAGGAGUACCUUGCAAAGAUUCAUGGGGCUUACACCUCUGAAAAACUCAGCUACUUUGAGCAUAAUCUGGAGACAUGGAGGCAGCUGUGGCGUGUGUUGGAGAUGUCUGACAUUGUCCUACUUAUCACUGAUAUCCGACACCCAGUUGUGAAUUUCCCACCAGCACUUUACGAGUACGUGACUGGAGAACUUGGGUUGGCCUUGGUCUUGGUCCUGAACAAGGUGGAUCUAGCCCCACCGGCUCUCGUGGUUGCCUGGAAGCAUUAUUUUCACCAACACUAUCCCCAGCUCCACAUAGUCCUUUUUUCCUCUUUCCCUCGGGACCCCCGCACCCCACAGGACCCUAGUAGCGUUUUGAAGAAGAGUCGGAGGCGGGGGAGAGGUUGGACUCGGGCCCUGGGGCCAGAGCAGUUGCUGAGAGCCUGUGAAGCCAUCACUGCAGGAAAAGUGGACUUGAGCAGCUGGCGAGAGAAGAUUGCCCGAGAUGUGGCUGGGGCCACCUGGGGAAAUGGCUCUGGAGAGGAAGAGGAAGAAGAGGAUGGACCGGCAGUCCUGGUGGAGCAGCAGACUGACUCAGCGAUGGAGCCAACUGGCCCAACCCGGGAGCGCUACAAAGAUGGGGUGGUGACCAUUGGCUGUGUGGGUUUCCCCAAUGUGGGCAAGUCCUCGCUGAUCAACGGUCUGGUAGGCAGGAAGGUCGUGAGUGUCUCCAGAACACCUGGCCACACCCGAUACUUUCAGACCUACUUUCUCACCCCCUCUGUGAAGCUCUGUGACUGCCCCGGCCUCAUAUUCCCAUCCCUUCUGCCCAGGCAGUUACAGGUUCUGGCGGGGAUCUACCCCAUUGCCCAAAUCCAGGAGCCAUACACCGCCGUGGGCUACCUAGCCUCUCGAAUUCCUGUGCAGGUCCUGCUCCACCUGCGCCACCCAGAGGCCAAGGAUCCCUCAGCGGAACACCCCUGGUGUGCCUGGGACAUCUGUGAAGCCUGGGCAGAGAAACGUGGUUAUAAGACAGCUAAGGCAGCCCGGAACGAUGUGUACAGAGCAGCCAAUAGCCUCCUACGGCUGGCACUGGACGGCCGCCUCAGCCUGUGUUUUCAUCCCCCGGGCUACAAUGAACAGAAAGGCACCUGGGAGUCCCAUCCAGAGACCACAGAGCUGGUGGUUUUGCAGGGCAGGGUGGGGCCAGCUGGUGACGAGGAGGAGGAGGAAGAAGAAGAGCUGAGCAGCUCCUGUGAGGAGGAGGGAGAGGAGGACCGGGAUGCGGAUGAGGAGGGGGAAGGGGAUGAGGACACCCCAACUUCAGCUCCAGGGUCCAGCCUGGCUGCCCGAAACCCUUAUGCCCUACUGGGAGAGGACGAGUGCUGAGUUCCUACCUUGCGCCAUCUGCUCCACCCAGUAUCUCUGCUUUUGAACUGACCUGGGGGUACCUCCCCUCUGCUGCCCCAAUUGUGAAUAAAGAUUGUCUGCUUUGUAA